AUAACGCAUUAUGUGUCGGCUCGGAUGCAGCAGCAUCCUCUCUCAAGAGCAUUACAGCACACACAGUCAGUCAGACCGAGGAGGAGGAUGCUGCGGGAGGAUCCAGCCCGACAGUCCGAGCCGUGCAGGCACAUCUCCGCGGAAGUCCGUCCGUCACCGAAGUGAACCGUCCUGCGCGUCACACUGUGGUCCGCACGAGAGAAGGGAGAACAAAAUAUAGAGACGGGGGAGGCGGGGUGGGUUGGGGGGGGUGACGGACUAACAACUCUAAUCAAUCUUGAACUUGAUACUGGAGUAUGGGAGUCGCCCGCACGGAUGCAGCUCUCCGCCGGCUUUAGAAGUUACAGCAGGACAUUUUGAAUGCCAUGACUCUUGACUUUGGACAAGAAUUCCAGCGCAGUGCAGACGAAGGGGGGAAAAAAGGUGCACUUCCAGUUUACCGGAGGGUGUUAUCUGAUCAACAUGUGGCACGUAAAUAAUAGGCAUCUUUAGUCUUUCUUGAGGCAUGGACCAUUAGGGUAUAUCGACCCCCCCACCCCCACCCCCUGGAGAACCCACGGGUGCUACUUAUUAUUCACAGUAAUGGAAUGAAGACAUUAUCUUGAUAUGAUGGAUGAUAGAUCCAGUAAGCUCAUCUUGGUUCCUAUUUUAGCUGUCCUUUUUGUUAUGAUAGGUUACCAGUACAUCUGUCCCGCGGGCAGCAAUUCGUGCUACUUUAAGGCUGGGGAGAAACUCGGGGGGGUAAGCCUGCUCUCCACCCCGUACCAGGACAGCGACGAUUUCUACAGAGACCAGGACCUGGAGGACGACAGCCCUCCGAAACAACCGUCAAAAUUCAACUUCACCGAAAGAGACCUCGACCGACACGUGGAGUUCAACAUCAAAGGGGACGACGUGAUAGUGUUUCUGCACAUCCAGAAGACCGGAGGAACCACUUUCGGGAGACACUUGGUGAGGAAUAUUCGCUUGGAGCAGCCGUGCGACUGCAAGCCGGGGCAGAAGAAAUGCACGUGCCACCGGCCGGGGAAAGAGGAGUCCUGGCUCUUCUCCCGGUUCUCGACCGGCUGGAGCUGCGGACUGCACGCGGACUGGACCGAGCUCACGAACUGUGUACCGGUCAUUAUGGAUAAGGAUAAGGAGGCCCAGAGGAAUAUAAGGAACUUCUACUACAUCACCAUGCUGCGAGACCCGGUCUCCCGCUACCUGAGCGAGUGGAAACACGUCCAGCGCGGGGCCACGUGGAAGACCGCCCUCCACAUGUGCGACGGACGCUCGCCUACCCAGGACGAGCUGCCCACCUGCUACAACGGGGACGACUGGUCCGGUGUUACGCUGACAGAGUUCAUGAACUGCCCGUCCAACCUCGCCAAUAACCGGCAGGUCCGCAUGCUGGCUGACCUCAGCCUGGUGGGCUGCUACAACCUGUCCUCUAUGAACGAGAGCCAGCGCAACCACAUUCUUUUGAGCAGCGCCAUGAGCAACCUGAAGAACAUGGCCUUCUACGGCCUCACUGAGUUCCAACGCAAGACGCAGUACCUGUUUGAGCGGACGUUCAGCCUGCGCUUCAUCGCCGCGUUCACGCAGAUCAACAGCACGCGAGCCGCCAACGUGGACCUGAGCGAGCCCGUGCGCAGACGCAUCGAGGAGCUCAACUAUUUGGAUGUGCAGCUCUACGAGUACGCAAAGGACCUGUUCCUCCAGCGUUUCCAGUUCACCCGCCAGAGGGAGCACCAGGAGGUGCGCUUGAAGAGGCGCGAGGAGAGGCGUUGGCUGAGGGAGCAGAAAGAGCAGGGCAGGCCAUGGCCGCCCAAACAUAAAGGGGGAGGAAAUGGAGGCGGGAGAAGGGGAGGAGGGCUGGAGAAAGGGAGUGAGAGGGACUUCCCCACCACCACUGAGGAUUACACGAGCCAAGUGGCCCGUUGGUGAGGCUUCGGUCUUCAGAGAGAGGAGCAAGAGAGAGAUUCCUCAGACUUUGUUUAAACCUUUGACUUUCUCUCGCACAUCCUCUGUCGCUCUGUUUUUGCCUCACCAUUAAUCUGUCUCCUGCAUCUGUCUGUUUCUCAGCUUCAGUGUAAUCCGAGUGCUCUGCUGUUUCUUUAUGAAAACUGCCACGUCUGUGAGUCUCACAGCAGCUCUGCCUUGGACUGCCCUUUGGUGUCUUAAAUCUUUAAAUGCUGUUUAUACAUUUUUUCGUCAUUUGAUUUUGGCCUUGGUCAUUUCUCAUUGGUUGAAUAAGACAGUAAACUGAGGUGUAAGAAGAAGAAAAAAAACAAUCAAAAGAAGCUGCUAUAGACUGCAAUGAAUGCAACUGCUAGAAAAAACACUUGAAUGAUGUAGUUGUAAAGGAACUGAUGGUUGCAUGUCCCACAUUAACAUUAUAUUGCAAUCUCCAAACGAUGUACUAUACUGUGAGCCAAAGUUAAUGAAAUAAAUUGCAAUCAAUGACAAUGAAACCCUUUCUCGAGACCAUGCUGUAUGCAUGCAUGUUUUAAACCAAAUUAUAGAAGACCAUCUGAUGCUUAUUAGGUUACAAUCCAAUAUAUAUGUGUAAUUUUCUGAAAUGUAAUACCUUGCAGACUUUAACACGUCUCUCAAAGAUAACAUGUUCACACCACGCCAAUCGUACAGUCACACAGAGUGCAUCCUGCUGUGCGACAUAGCUUCAGUCUUUCCCCGUACUUUAGGUAAAACAUUUUCUUUUACAUGAAAAAAAAAAAGGAAAGGUGUAAUACAUUUUUGAAGUAGUGGUGUUGCAGAGAUACAUAGUUGGUAAAUAGUACAGGUGAUGAAAUGUGUCAGUGUGGCUGGGUGUAUGGCCUGACUGUGAAUGAGAUGAUCAGCAUUCAGCUCUCACGCCCCUCCCCGUCACACCGGCUGCUUUUACAUGUUUGUGGAGCUGACGGCGACUGCACUGUGGGCAGCGGGAGCGCUUUCAUGCCAGCCGAGCACCAGCCAGCAAAAAAAAACAGCAGCCUCAAAGCAGUUAGAAAGCGUGUCUGUCAUUUAUUUCUUUUGCCCGAUAGUUUCCCGUCCUUCAAAUCCAAUCAGCGUGGCAAUACGUGAAGAUGAAAGAGGGCUUGUUUUUAUCUGCUUAAAUAGGCUUCAAUGAUGCUUUUUAUGCCUCUUAUCUCAUAUUCACUCAAAAUCCCUGCUUAUCAAAUUAAAUGUUCACUAAAUGUCAACAUGGAAGUGGGACUGCUGCUUUCCAUUUCUGGUUUCUUCUCUGAUUGCAGUAACUUAUGAAAUACCUCAGAGGGCACAGUCUAAUUUCAUUUACAAGAAUUGCCUGCUUGUCGUCUUGUUUGAAUGAUCAUCUAGCAGCUCGUGCAGUGAAUGUGUUGAAAUGAAUACUGGUUUACGCUGUCAGGAGUUGUAUUGGUGCACUUGUCUGUACGGAUGCACUUAGUUGGAGUUCAGUGAGUGUGUGGAUGGCUGGAUGAGAACAAAGACGAGGUGUAUAGCACAUUAAUACAACUUCAAGUGUUUCAAUGGGAGCUACAGCUUUGAAUAGUGAAUCGUUUCGAGUAGAAUUUAAAACUGAAUUCAUCAGGUUUGCAUUGUCGCAGUGACAUAGGUUGGUGGCAAAUAAUGUUAAAUAUAUCAAAUGAUAAAAGGGUCAUUCUGGAUUAUUUCUGUUUCCAUUCUUUGUUACUUUAUACAAUUCAAAGGCUCUUUGAAAUCAACUAUAUUCAUUUGACAGCUGUAGUUGCUAGUUAGAUUGUAAAUACAUGCAACGUGAAAAUAUGCUACUUAUAUGUUGACCAUUAACAAUAAUCCAAUUAUAUAAAAUGCAUUUGAUAUAUUCUGCUUAAUGCUAAAUUACACUUUACAUACCAUACAAUAGUUAUGAUUAAAUAAACAACAAACACCAUUUUUAGGUAGAAUUUAACCGUCAACAAUCUGUUUCAUCAGAAUUGUUUGGGUCUUGGUUUUAUACAUCAUUGUAAAACACACCAUGCAAGUAAUUAAAUUAGUCAAUUACAUUAAAAAUCCUAAGUAAAAUGAAUUCAUAAAACUGAGCUCAUAGUAAUAAGCUGAUUAAGAAAAUAUGCUUGAGAGAAUAAAAGAUAAUUACUUUUGUGUUUUUACACACGACUUUUUCAGUAAAAGCAUUUUGACCUGUCAUAGCAGUAAAUCACAUGUGUGAAUAAUACAAUGAAUGAUGACUGCAUUCCAUCUAGCUACUUCAGUCCUGGUAUUAUUAUUUUUAUUGUUGUUGAUAUUAGUAGCACCUGUGCUCAAGUCAAAAUGCCUGCUGCGGAUAAAGGUUAUAUAUAAAUGAUAUGAGACUGACGGAUUUCUUUUAAAAAUGGUAAUUGCCUUAUUUUGGAAAUUUCUUUUAAUAAACCAACAAGCAGCACUGCUGUGUGACAAGCUGUAGGAAUUACAAUGUUCCCCGGUGACAGAUGGCAUGAGCACGGCAUGAACCAGUCGAGGUGCUGUAUAGCUAUUAAUGAAACACUUGCUGUCAAUGUGCUAUAUACCAAGUUAUAUAUAUACAUAUAUAGUUGUGUGUAAAUUUCCGAAAACAUUGCGGUGGGAUCGCUGGCUGCAAAGACAGGUGUGUCUUACUGUGUCUGUCAUCAUGUGUCUGCGUUGUUGUCAUCAUUAGCACGUGCUGCGCGGCCUUAACGCUUCCUGUGAGACGCAGUCAACAGACUGGUCAAUACAGAGCAACGGAAGGAACCGAAAUGGUUGGACAUGUUGAAGAAGUAAGUGUUACGGUGUAAGAAAGCUAUGCGACACCACGGAGAUCAGAAAAGAACAAUAAUUAGCACAUUUCACCCAGCUUGUGUGUUCCCACCUGCAAUUAGAGGUUGCCAUGGUGAUGGUAACUGCUGAGUGAUUCUUGGGUCAGACAGAUUAUUUAAUAGGAGAUUAAGAUGAGAAGCAUCACUCAAACUCGACUUUAUUACUUAAAAUGUGUCAUUCAUAUGUCUUUAUUUUUACAUUUUGACAGUGAGUGGACUGUUGUGAAAUAUGUGGUUAUAGUUUGGGAAGUAGAGCGAGCUGAGAAAAGUCCCCUGUUAUGCUUUGCUUCUGAAAUGAAUCAGUCGACAUUGCAGUCGACGGACAGAUGGCACUUCUGCCACUUCGGCUCGCUGUGGACGUCUGUUCGCUCAGAAAGUUACAUUGUUCCAAAGACCACACAUUGCUCUAUACGUGUUGAUGAAAUAAUUAUGUAUGAAGAGUGAAAAGGAAAUGUUGAAGAGAAAUGUAACACUGAAACCCCAGUCCGCAUGCCAUGUCCCAACAAUCUGUCCAUUCAUUUGAAUGAGGUAAGAAUUCACGAAAAACUUUAAAUAGUUGAUAAUAGUAUGAAAGAUGCAAACCCCAAAAAAAUGUACUUGCGAUAAUAUCUUCAAUGAGCUGAACAUUUUGAACAUAGAAAAUGAAGUCUCUACAUUGAAUGGUGUUGAUGUAGUUAGGUGCCAAAAAAAGAAGGAGACCAAUUAAGUUCAUUUACUUUGCAUCCAUGCCUUAGCAUAAUCAACAAUAUAUGUAGAUAGAAAUGUGAAUGCUUAUUAUUUCUGGGAUUUCUUAAUAUUUGUUAUCAUCAAAUGAUUUCCUAAAAGACUUUCCACCAAUUUUGAAAUUGUAAAAGUGAAAACUCUCAGACUAUGGUGGUGUAAAUAAAGUGAGUGUGUGUGUGUGUGUGUGUGACAUUCCCAGAAAAGUGUGACAUGCCUCUUUGUUUGGAGCAUUGUAAUGAACUUGUACUGCCACUUCAUAUCUCUGAGAAUCUGAUUUCUCUGUAUUUAUUUGUUUUUUUUAAUAUAAUUUAAUAUAACUGUUGCUAAGGAAUGGCUUUGUCUGGUGGAAAAAAUAUCAGUAUUACCAACACCUCAGUUUUAAUGGAAGAGAGCUUUCUUAGUGUAAGAAUGUCUAUGUACAUGUUUAAAGUCUUGUGAUGAAAUGAACAGUCUAAAAAUACUUUUGGCUUGUAAUAUUUAAUCUGCCAUUUUUUUCAAAAUAAGUGACUUCUGCUUAAGAUAUCUGAAAUAAAUGCAUCGAAUGGCCAUGACAUU